ACCAUUCCACCCCUCAACAUAAAAGUGGUCUAGUCUGGAUUAACACCUCCUUCAAUGUCACGUUUGUUGUAUGCUAAAUUGUUGAGACUAAGACUGAAUUCACCCAUGAAAGUAUAAAACAUGUAUAAAUACAGUUGUAUUUUAGUUAAUUCCGUAAGCAACGCUUGUCGGCAGCUGGUUUCCUCAGUAAAUACAACAGGAAUCUCUCUGUAUGGAAGUAGAGGACUUCCGUUGCAGCGAGCAAUAUGUAGCAGUGCUGUCAGACAUCAGAAGGCAGAAGAGUCCAAAGCAAAAUCAGGAAAAGACUUCAGCUCUAUCCCCCCUCUGCCGGGGCAGGACAGCGCAUUGAGAUGGGCUGGAAAGAAGUUUGAGGAGUUACCUAUUGUUCACAUUAAAGCAACAUACAACAACACACACAUUCAGGUAACAGACAGCACAGGACAGUCUAUAGUGAGGACGUCCUGCGGGACAGAAGGCUUCAAGAACAUCAAGAAGUCGACACCUGUAGCUUCUCAGACUGCUGGCAUAUCUGCUGCAUCUAAAGCAGCAGCAAAGGGAGUCACGUUUGUCCGUGUUGUGGUCAAAGGUCUCGGUCCUGGACGUCUGUCUGCAAUCAAAGGCUUGACGAUGGCAGGCCUGGAGGUGGUAUCGAUCACUGACAACACCCCCGUGCCACACAAUGGAUGUCGCCCACGUAAAGCCAGAAGGACUUGAUGUCUGAGUGCCAGAAAGCUUGGCAACAGGAGGAAGCUGUUGAGAUGUAUUAUGCUAAUAAAGUGUUGUGUAACUUC